GCAGGAAUCCAAUUUCAUAACUAAAAUAUAGAAAAGCAUCAAAAACAUUAUGUGAGGGACAGCUUAACUUUUUGUUAUAUACUAUGUGCACUUUUAAUAAACAACUUGUUUCACCACUCCUACAUGCAACCUCUUCAACACAUUAUAAUCUGAGCAAUUCAGUGAGAUAUUCUAAAAUCACUCAACACUUUUCCAAAAGUACUUCUCCUUGGUGUCUACCUCUUGUUCUGUUUCUUUCAAAUUUAACACAUUGGAUUCUUCAAAGAAAAGAGAGAGAGAUGUUUGUCCUUUGACUAUUUAAGGAUGCAAGCACUAAACCAAAUGUAAUAUUCCAGACACUAGAACUGCAACAAAGUGAAAAUGAGUUCUCAAAGCCUCAUUUUGCAUGCUAAUGUGUUUCUUCUUCUGCUUAUAGCUGGUUGUCAUGCUCAACUUCGAGUUGACUACUACAGAAACACAUGUCCAAAUGUUGAAUCGAUUGUUCGGAGAGCAGUUGAGAUGAAACUUCAGCAGACAGAUGUGACAGUUCCUGCUACACUUAGGCUGUUCUUCCAUGAUUGUUUUGUUAGGGGGUGUGAUGCUUCUGUGAUGCUAGCUUCAACAAACCACACAUCUGAGAAGGAUGAUCCUAUAGAUCUUUCACUAGCUGGUGAUGGAUUUGACACUGUGAUCAAAGCCAAGGCUGCAGUUGACAGUGUACCUGGCUGCCAGAAUAAGGUUUCAUGUUCUGACAUUUUGGCAAUGGCAACUAGGGAUGUCAUAGCUCUGGCAGGAGGACCAUCUUAUGCAGUAGAGCUGGGAAGGCUAGAUGGGAGAGUCUCAACAAAAGGAAGUGUUAGACACCAUAUACCUGAGCCUGAUUUAGAGCUAGAACAACUGAACCAAAUGUUUGCUUCACAUGGACUAACCCUAACUGAUCUAGUUGCUCUAUCAGGAGCACAUACCGUUGGAUUCUCUCAUUGCAGCCAGUUCUCUAAACGUAUUUACAACUUCAAAGGAAAUAAAAGCAUUGAUCAUACACUUAAUCCUGCGUAUGCAAUACAGCUCCAACAAGACUGUCCAAAAAAUGCAGACCCCGAAACAGUGGUUCAGAUGGACCCAAUAACACCAAAGAUAUUUGAUAAUCAAUACUACAAGAAUCUUCAGCAAGGAAAAGGGCUUCUUGCUUCUGAUCAAGCUUUGUUUACUCAUAAAAGAACAAGAGAGCUAGUGAACUUAUUUGCGUCCAACAACACACUCUUUGAAACGUCUUUUGUAAGUGCCAUAACAAAGUUAGGACGAAUAGGGAUUAAAACAGGAAAUCAGGGUGAAAUCCGACGUGAUUGCUCGAUGGUUAACUGAGCUACUAAUUGUGACCAUGUUCAGAUCAUUGUCAAAUAAUCUUAUUAAUUUCUUCCAUUUGUUUGUUUUGGGUUAAUGAAUACUAAAAUUACAGUCAAAGUCAGCUUAGUAGAAUUCUGAUUCUGCAAUAGUUUCAGAUGAGACUAGUCAUGACUUCAGUUUUCGAGUGCUUUCAAUUCAAUUUAAUUCAAGCAAACAUUUAUAUUUUAUGUUAUUACUACAACGUCAUUUUCUAUUGACAUCAGUCCGGUUUUAUUCGAUCCUGUACACUUUUAUCAAACACUUUCUUUUCAAACACAAUUUCACUCUCACCCCUCUUACUUUGUCCACCACUGAAAACUAAAACUGAAUCAAACAGAUAAACUUUUAUUCCUAAAGAUGUGUCAAACUUGGGAGCGUUUGAAAAUAACUUAAGCUUACUGAAAGAAUUACUAUACCCACAAAAUGAAAAAGUAUAUGAAGUCAUUUACCAAAUGCUGCCUUAGUUAAAUUUUUUCCAGGCUUUUCUGUUAACAUUUAUUCUCGUGUACGAAAACCCAGUUUGGAAGAAGUGGAAAGGCAAGAAAUGAAGAAUGUGCAGUCAACUGCACUUUCGGCGAGAAUUGUUCAUAGACAAGCACACACCCAACCCCAAAAUG